UUGGCACAAGAGCUCCCAUGAGUCAGCUCGACUUUGAAUGGUAUGGCCCUCCGUUGGGCGGUGAUUCUAUUGUACGAUUCUACCGUUCGUUCAAGUGUACGCACGGCAGUGAGGAGAGAAGCUAUUCUCUCGGCGACCUGUGUUGGAUAAAAUCAUCGCGCGACGCCGCCGUCUGCUUAUUACAAAUACACACACUGUGGCAGAAGCUGUCCAAUGCUAGAAUGUUUGCUGGAGGUCGACUGUUCUUUCGGCCCGAAGACACACCGAAAGGUCGACACCCGGAACACGGGCAGGAUGAGGUUCUUUUAUGGAAUAGAACGGUUGUUUUACGAUGCUCGGAACUGGUUGAGUGGCAUCUCAGAGCUCAGAUGGCUCCGUUGUGGCCAAGUGGAACUAUGGCUACAUAUAAACGAGAGUGGGAAGAAAUACCUGCAAAGAUGAGAAACACUCUGACAAUUGUGACUGAAAUGAAAGAGAAGUCAAAAAUCAGUGACAACAGGAAGUCACGUUAUUGUUUUAAUGACAUAGGAAGGCCAAGUCUAAAGAGAACACCUCUUUUUGCCUCGGGGUUUGCUGUUAGUGAACUUGAUGAUAUGCCGAGGGGAAAGGGAAAGACACCAACAGUGAACGAACUUGGGAGAAACUCAACACCAAAACCUAGAGUGGCGAAAGGUCAACCAGGAAUGACGAAGGGAAGUCUUGAAGACGGUCAUAAGAAACCAGUGGUAGGUAUUGCACAGCAACGGUGUUACAAUUCUGCCAAUGGUAGAAGGAACAAGCAUAUGGUGGAGAAUGAGACGUCAGCACCUUUGCACAAGAAAGGAAGAAAGAAAGUGCCACUGCAGGGAAGGAAGCAUGUCUACAAGAGGAGCAAGGAAACGACGGAAGCAGUCACGACAAGAUCUGUUACAGAAUCUCCACUGUCAUCUGUGGCACAAAAUUUAGACUGUCAGUCUCUUUCACUACCACAGAAGUCUGAACUAGGUUCUGUUGAAGUAUCAGACGUUGUCGUGUCUAAAGCAACUGACAAUUCUUUAAAUGAUGUAACUACCGUUAAUCUCAGUUUGCCCAGUGUAGAACGUAGGCAUUCAGGUACUACGAUGUUGUUGACAUCUACUAUUUCUAUCAAAGAAGAACAAGGAUGCAAUGAUCACACACAUGCAAAGAUGCUUUAUACAGAUGAAAGAUCGGAACCAACUUCUAUGAUCAGUACGGAGGAGACUAUUGUACAACCAGGCACUGAAGAUACAGCUAGAAGGACGCAUUCAAUUUCUGGUAAGAUUCACGGUGCACCUCGCAGAUGGAGCUUUAAUCCAGCAGCUCCUAUAUUGGCAAGGGCUAGAAAGCUCAAAUUACAAAAGAAAAGAAGGCAGUCGAGAGAACAAGCAGAAAUGGCAAUUGAAGAUGAGCAAAAUGUAAACUCAUUUGGUCACAUUCAAGGCAGUGAGCUGGAAGAUGAUGAUGAUAGUGAGAUUAUGGCAAAAGGUGCAGAGAAUGGACAGCGACCACAACGUAGAAGAAGAAGAAGAAAACAGAAGAAGAUUUUCAGUGCAGAAGUAAAGGCUCAAAGACAUGUUGUGAGAAGAACUAGUAUGGUAGUAAAACGAGACAUUACUGAAUUGUUUGCUCUCUGCUCAAACAUUUCAUCGACUCUUCCUACAGUUGUGCUGGUCGGCUAUUCUCAUUAUUGUCGGUACAAAGCACUACAGCUUAGGCUAGCAGAGUAUGAGAGACUUUGGUGUCAUCCAGAUAUUGAGUCUAUGACUGGAAUGAAGGUGACAGAUGACAACACACGGUUAAUAUUUUGUAGAGCACUGUUCAAGAAUCCGAACCUUUUAAAAUUGGGUGUCACCAUGGCAAUGUCAGUUCCUAACUUUGUACGAGAGCAAACGGGUAGGAGAAAACGUCGUCAUUCUCUUGAUAUCACUGAAGAACUAGGGCCUGUAAAGAAAUCUGUUUGGAGUGAAGAAGAAGCAGAACGGGAAUUCAUGGAAUCGCUGCAGCAGUUUAUGGCAGAUCAACAGACUCCAAUGGGUCCUCCACCAAGAAUGGGAUUUCAACAAGUGAAUUUGUUUGCAUUUUUCAACUGCACCCAGCAUCUUGGCGGCUAUGAUGAGGUAACUGCAUCAAAGCUGUGGCGAGAUGUCUAUCUCCAUAUGGGUGGAACCACUCUGAUCACUAGUGCUGCAUCUUCUGCCAAGAAGCAAUAUGAAAAGUACCUGUUGGCUUAUGAACGUCACAUUCGGUCUGACUGCUUAAACUCAUAAGUGAGGUUAAAGUAUUGAUUUAGAGAACUUAUCAAUUUCUAGUUUAUUUGGCAUAUCCCUUUGUGUUAUAGUAGAAACUUUAUGCAUAUGGUGAUGUGCUUCUUUUAGGGUUUGAUAAAUUCAUUCUUUUUUUGUGAAGCAGUUGGAUUAAUUUGACAUCAAAUGACUAAUGGAUUCUUAUGAUUGCUUA